UGACUUUGCUUUUGAUGUUUAAUAUUUAAUUUUACCUUCCACAUAAAAUAGAAAAAAAGUGAGCAGUUUAGUUUUUCUAUCUCACUGGCCCGCGCAAGAUUACUCCACACAUCGUGAAUUUGAAUUCGUGAUACCAAAAUUGUCUUUAGAAAAGCACCGCGCGCCAGCAAACGAUUCUACAAUCACCAACAAGAGUGUAAAAGAUUAAUAAUAUCAAAGAGGAAUCAAAAAACCUCGAAUUAUCCAAAAAAAAAAAUAAGAAAAAGAUGUCUGCUAUUGGUGCACUAUUUUCUUCUGCUGGUGGUGCUUCUUCUCCAUGUCGAGUGUUUUCCUUUCCGUAGAUAGUGUGUGAGGUGUGAGUGCAUCAAAAUAAAAAAAGCUCGCUCAGCUUAAAAUUUAAGAAACGAUAAACAGAAACAUUGAACAAAAGACAAAUCCGCUGGUGCGGAGUUUGACAUCUUCACUGCUUUUAACUUAGCUUGUAGCUCGAGGUUUGGUCGUCGUUGUCUCUUCCGCUCCGCUCUACCGCUGUGCUCAUUGUUCAUUACUUCAGUGUUGUGCUAUCACAAGGAAAAAUCUCUGCCUAAGUGCCUACUGCCUGGUGCUGGUGCUGGUGCCUAGCCUAUGCUAAUGCCUACCGACCACCGUAGUGUAUUUGAGUCCCAUUCAAUUGGCUGAGGAAUUUCGAGGGAAAAAACCUUUUUGCUUUUAAGGUGUCGUUUGUGUGAAAAUUGUGGAAAAAAUAAUCAUCGUUUUGUCGCCGCCGCCCUCCCCGGGUGAGCCCAACUUAAUCAAAAAUGACAGAUUGCAUUGAGACUCUGCUAUCUAGCAUGUCCACAAAAUUCAACAAUGAUGGUGUAGGUGGUGAUGGUAGUGCAGGAGGAGGAGGAGGGUCCAUUGGAGUUGGUGCGAAUACUGCUGGUGCUGGUGCUGUUAUUGCUAGAGAGGCCACAUCAGUGGUUCCAAAGGGUGGCAUUUUGGAUGUGAAGAAAGACAAAACAGCCAAGUGGCGAACAUUAAAAAACAAUGGAAAUGCCAAAAACUGGAGUGAAAAGACCAAUAGGAAAAUAUCGAAAAAAAUCAACACCACACCAACACCUACAAGACCACGGAAUAGUUCUGGCUCAUCCGAUGAUGAGAAACUCGCUGUAGAAACGCAAACGCCUGCAAUCGAUACAAAUUCGCUGCUGAAAAAAGAUAAAGACAAUGACGAUAGAACUCAAGGCCAUCAAGUCGUCUCCGUCAUGUUGGAACAAGGUGUUGUUGGCAGCAGUAGCUGUAGCGGCAGAGGCCUGCUGAAAGAGAAAGUUAACAGGGAUGCAGUGCAACCACAGCUGGAUAAUGAUCAUGCAGAAAACACACCCGAAAGUUCCCCGAAUAAGCCACGUGAUUCUAGCGAGGGAUCGGUUCGACGCUUACGUCGUUCACGUCCAAUAGAGGGUGCCGAAGAAUCUUUACCGGAGUUUAAGGUGGAUAUAGGAAUGAACGCAAGUAGUGGUAUUGCCGAAAAUGUUGUUGAAACGCAACCCAUAAAACGCCGAGGAAGAUCAAAAAAAGUAGUUCCCUUAAAAAGUGAUGAAAAACCAGACGGAAACACUUCCGGAAGCGCUGAAAAGCGGCUUCAAAGAAAAAGGAAACAAACAAUUGAUGUUGAACAAGAUGGCUCAAAAAUGGAAGAGGAUGCAUUUGAUAAUGUUGCUGGCGACGAUACAUCGGAGAAAGGAAAGAAAACAAGAAGAAGCGUUCGAUUGGAGCAUCGCAAUGAAAUCAAAGUGGAGUCUCAACUCUCAGAUGAUGAAUCCAAAGUCGAACCAUCAGUUCCAUCAAAAUCACCACCUCCUGCAGAGCUAGAUAACACAACCAACCUGAUAACAUCACCGAGUGUACAACGACGUAAAUUAGAGGACGAGAAAACACCUCCAAAAAAACGUGGUCGUCGUGCCAAAAAUCUUACAAACGAUAAACAGACCCCAGAAAGUAUUGGCACAAAUUCCACCGACACUCCACCAAAUUCUACUGGACCAGUUAUCAGAAAACAACUAUCGUGCAAAGAUAGCCCCGAAUUAUCAUCUUUAGUUAUCCCAAAGCGCUCGCAACGUCGAAUCAAACCCACCCCUAAAAUCCUAGAAAACGAUGAGCUUCGUUAUGAGUAUGAAACCAAAAACAUCGAGCGCAUAACAUCUUGCAUUGGAAAUGACAUCGAAGCCAUUCCCAACGUUUCGGCAAAACCGAAUUCUUCGCGUAGCAGUAGCCGACACAGGGAUAUAAAAUCUGAGAAUAGUAGUGAAAGCCAAACCCAUCAUCCCUCAAAUGUAGUUAAGAAAAAACUUUUCACCAAAACGGAAAACUCAGUGGAAAGACCAAAAUUUGAAAAGAAACCAUGUCCAGAUAUGCAAAUAUUUUUGACCGAGGUCAGAGCGGCAAAAUGGCACCACAACAAAUCUCCAGAAGAUAAAAAACUUAGCAAGAAACAACAGCAUAAGUUAAUGAAACAAAAACAAAAGCACAUGGAAAAACUUGGACUUCGUCGAACGACUAGUGGCGAAGUUUCGGAAUCGGAAAAUUCUUCAGAUGACAAUGAAGAGUUUGUACCAUCGAAGAGAGUACAAGUCGGCAAAACCAAUGUAACCCUGCGAGUCCGUGGUUCAAAAGAGAGUACUCCUCCAGUGCGGAGUGCGCCGUCCCCAAAACCAAUAGCAGUUGCUGGCAAAAAAAUGCAACCAAAACUUCAGGUAGCACCUAAAAUCAGGGAGAAGAACCCAGAAGCCAAACAGGCGGCAGUGGCUGUGAAGAUACCAAAUCCUGUGGUAGUUGUUCCAAAUUAUCUGCAUAAGGAAAAUACAAAGGAUCUUAUAUGCAUGUGUCAUAAGCAAUCGCAGUACUAUACCCAAAAGUCAUCUGAAACAGCGUUUUGCUGUGCUGUCGAUAAUAUUGACGAACAGAAAGUAGGUUGCUGUAAUCAGCUCGAAGGCGAUUUGUUGAACUUGGUUCGUCCAAGCCCAAGAGUCGGUUACAUGAUCCUCUGCGAUGAUCAUAUGAAGCGCUUUAGAGCACACAAUUGCUGUGCUGGCUGUGGAAUUUUUUGCACACAGGGUAAUUUUAGUUUUUGCAAACAGCAGCACUUUUUUCAUCCGGAUUGUGCCCAGAAAUUUAUUCUCAAUAGUCCUUACGAUCCAUCAGCGCCAGGAAAUUACACAAGUCCAACAUUGGUAAUAAAAUGUCCACAUUGCGGUGUCGACACACCAGAACGAACAUCUACUGUGACCAUGAAAUGUCAAACUUUGCCAGUAUUUUUACCUAGUCAAAAAGGAAAUAUAAAACCUGCAAAAAUGGGCUUGCCAUUGGUGCAUUUACCAGUUACAAACAAUAAUACUAGCAAAAAGAAUAAAAACGGUUCUGAAAGAAAAACUAUGUCGCUUGAAACACUAAUACCUGAAUCAGUGAUGAAUGUUGUGGGAAGAACAAACGGAAGGCGAACAAAUUCAGAAUUUUCUCCCAAGGACAUGUAUUACGCUGUGAAGAAUGAUGAUCUUGAAAGAGUAGCAGAAAUUCUUGGUUCUGGUUAUGAUGUCACAAGUUGCAUGCGUGAGUUUUUGGACGGUACCUGUUUGCAUUUGGUUGCUCACUCUGGAACGUUGCAAAUGGCCUAUUUGCUUUUGUGUAAGGAAUUUCCACAAGACUUUGUUAACAUGACAGAUCGUGAAUUACGAACCGCUCCAAUGUGUGCUGUUAUGAGUGAUAAAUGCGACAUUCUUAGUUUAUUUAUGCAAUGUGGCGCAAAUUUGAACGCUAAGGGUCCAGAAGGUAAAACUUGUCUACAUAUUGCCGCAAAACUCGGACACUUAGAAGCAACAAAAAUUCUUGUAGAAAAUUUCAAGGGCAGUAGAAGCGUGACGAGUUUUUUAAAAUUCAUAAACGCACAAGAUGAUGGUGGUUGGACAGCAAUGGUAUGGGCUGCAGAACUGGGACACACAGAAAUUGUCAGCCUGUUAUUAAACCAUGGGGCAGAACCAGAUAUAUGUGACAAUGAUUAUAAUACCGUGCUUCAUUGGGCAACAUUAUAUAAUGGAAGCUUAGAUACGAUCAAUCUGCUGUUGCAAGCUGGUAGUAAUUGUAAUAUCCAAAAUGUAGAAGGUGAUACCCCAUUACACAUUGCUUGUCGGAACCAAGCUACCCGCUUGUGCCUUGCUCUUAUUGCUAACGGAGCUGAUCUCAUGAUUAAAAACAAAUCUGAUGAACUUCCGUAUGAUUGUAUUCCACGUGAAGAUAGUCAGUGUGCCAGAACGGUUGGAUUUAAUAUGCAAAUGCGUUCGUUUGCCCCUACCGGGCUUCGAAAUCGCAUUGUCUCUAGUGAUAUAUCGAAUGGCCGUGAAUUCAGGCCCAUACAAGCUGUACGGAAUGAAUACAAUUUGAUCGCGGCUUUGGCGACGACAUCGUCUUCAUCGUCUGAUGAAUCAGAUGAUAUAAUGUUUCCAGACUUUAAAUACAUCACAAAAAACAUUAUUCAACAGAAUUCCAUACAAAUAGAUCAACGAGUUUCACAGAUGAGAAUAUGUUCCUGCCGAGAUGGUUGCACUUCAGAUCAAUGUCAGUGCACAGUUGCAUCAGUACAAAAUUGGUACACGGCCGAAGGUCGACUUAACUCAGAUUUUAACUAUGAAGAUCCCCCUGUAAUUUUUGAGUGCAAUGAUGUUUGUGGGUGCAAUAAGCUGGUCUGUAAAAAUCGCAUAGUUCAGACCGGUAUCAAGUUACCCCUGCAGGUGAAUGAAUGUGAUGAACAGUCAAAAGGAUGGGGAGUUCGUGCUUUGGCUAAUAUACCAAAAGGUUCAUUUGUUUCUGAAUACACUGGAGAAAUGCUUACGGACAUCGAAGCUGAUCGACGAACGGAUGAUAGUUAUUUCUUUGAUAUUGGACAUGAUCAUUGCAUUGAUGCAAACUACUAUGGGAACGUGAGUCGUUUCUUUAAUCACUCGUGUGAUGCUAACCUCGUGCCGGUUCGUGUUUUUUACGAACAUCAGGAUUAUCGUUUCCCAAAGAUUGCACUUUUUGCCUGCCGGGAUAUUCCUGUUGGUGAAGAAUUGUGUUUUGAUUAUGGCGAAAAAUUCUGGACUGUAAAACAGCGUUAUUUCACAUCAGCAACAAAUUACCAAUCAAGCUAAAGAUGAUCAUAUAAACAAAUCACUCAUAAUUCCGAAUGGUAAUGAACAUUAGGGACAUAUUUAAAUUUAUGUCAAGAAGGUUUCCACUAUCAGUUCUGUAUCGCUCACUAAAAAAAUUCUCCGGAACUAUUCGCACAGAAAUGACAUUAACAUUAAUUCACAAACGCAACGCUUCAUAAAUAUUUAAAUUCUACAUUAAAGUAUGAAGAUUUAGUUUAACUGAUUUUCCAAAACCUAUCCAUUAAACUUUGAAACUUAAAAAUGUAUUGUAUGUUGGAGCAAUAGUUUUAAUUGUUCGUAGUUUAAUCGAGCGAUAUUGUAUUUAUAUAAUUGGAUUUCUAAAAUUUAUUGACAGAAAUAAGAACAUAAGUUGAAUACUUUAAACAACAUCAAAAAUAUUUUUAGUAUUCUGAACCUAUAAAGAAUAUUAUAAAAUCUUUAAUUCAUUUACACAAGUCAUACAAUGAAUAGUAAGAUGCAGAUAUAUCUUUUUAUAUCCCUUAAGAAUUGUAUUAUCAAUAUUCCAAAGGUAGUUUUAAGUCCUAUUUAGCUACUGUUCUUACUUCAAGAAUUGAUUUCUUUUCAUACGAACUCCACUUUUCUUGUCAAUCUCUAGCAAUAGUGCUUUUGAUUUUAAACUCCUUCCGUCGAAGUUUACUUUUACUUGGAUAUAAAUCAUUGUCCAGUACAAAUUGUUGCCCAUCAUUGAUGCCAAACUAAUUAAUGAAUCUAACUAUGCAUGCAAGGUGCAAAGUUUGUAAUAACAGACUAAAGGGGUUUCAAUUUACCAGAUGCCGGCUUUUUUAAGUUUCAUUCAAACAGUUAGUUUUGUGUAUUUAUGUAAGAUUUUUUGUUUUCAUUUUAAUAUGAAAUCGAAGUACUUUUUUUUUUGUUUUAUUGUGUUUUAUGGAAUUAUCCGUGGGCAAUAUUGCCUUGUAGGGUUUUUGCUGUGCAUUAUAUUUCUCAUUUUUUAUAUGUUUACUUAUGUUAAUAAUGCUUUAAAACAGGCUGAUUUAUCUGCAUCUAGACUUUUUAAAAUUAUUUUUUUUUUUUUUAUAUUUAUGAUUUCUCUCAUAAGUAUUUGUGUUAAAUGUGUACUACGUCGAUAAAUUUUAGAAAAACUGGCCAAAUACAUAAACAUUAUGGGUUAGGUUUCACAAAAAAAUCGAAACCUAUUUGCGCCAAAUAAAAAUCACUACACACAAAAUUAUCACAGCAUAAAACAACAAGGGCAACAAAGAUAUCAAUCAAUCACAAUAUUUUUCAACUUUUAUGAUUAAUCUCUAGAAAAUAAGGCUUUCCACACAAUUUUACCUUUUAAAAAUGCAGAAACAUACAUUUUAGAGUUAGCAUUUUAGAAAGUUUAUUAAAAUUUAAGUUCUUAAGUAAAUAGUAAAACACACAUAAACAUCACAAUUAUUAAAUAAUUUGGAUAGUCUGUUCAAAUUCGGUUCGCACGCAUACACACUGCCGACGAAUUCUCAGACCGCCGCACUUUCAUUUAAAAUAUUUUUAAAAAAAUCACAGAUUGACUGAAUUACUCUAAUUUAGAGUAAAGAUAAAAAUGUUAUUUUUUAAACCGAAGUGCCUAUCGUGUGAAGUGAAGUUGAUCACAAUAUUGAUAGUGUGGUGUCCCAGAUCUGUAUUUUUUUUCAAUAGUCUUAUUUUAUGUACCUACAAAAGUCAUACGUAGAAAGGUUUCAUUUUAUUAAUAAAUUUUAAGAUUUUACUCUGUGUACUAUACAUAAAGGUGUACAUAUACCCAAACAAAAACAUAUAUUUUUAUCCUUAUUUUAAAGACUAUAUUGGAUCACUUAAAACCAAUAUUCCCAAACAUCAAAAUAAUUGAAACACUAAAAUAAUAUUGAUUAGUUUAUUUAUUAAAAAAAUAAGAAAAAAUCUAUAUAUCAAUCUUAGCCUUAAAUAUUAAAUAAAUAUUUAAAUUUGACACAUGUACCUAAGAGAUGUUUAAACAAAAAUACAAACAAAGAAUAUAUAAAAUUGUGUGUUUGUUUUCUUUAUCAAUUAUUUUUAGUAGUCUCUUUAUUGUUUUUAAUAAAUAAUUUCUUGCAAUUAACUUAUUUAAACAAUAAUCAAAAACCCAAAAAAUAGACUGCAAGUUAAAUUUUAUAUAUUUUUAUUUUGUGCUAUAUUUUGUUGUUUAAAAAAGAAGUUAUUUUUUUAUUUUUAUUUCGUUAAAUAAUUUUAGCCAAUAGUUUUCGUAAGAUAAUGUUGACUCAACUAAGUAAAGCAUUAUACAUAUAUUAUCAUAGUAUAUAGUUAUAUUA